AUGAAUGAGGCAAUAUGCAGCCCACCAAAGUUAAGAAGAUUGGUUCAUUUAGAUAAAGAAUUCGGUGUAGUUUCAACAACCUCACCUAUAUUUUCACCACUACUAGAGAAGAACUGUAAGAAAUUACCAAUACCGAGACUGAAGAUACCAGAUAGCUUUAAUAAUCUACCAGUUCAGUCUUCUCCAUUAUCAAUACCACAACAAUCACCCAGAAGAUCUGUUGCAGCUAGUCCCCUUGUCAUGGCACACCCCAUUACAUCUUCUGUUAAAGCUUCUCUAGCACCAGUGAAGGAAAUACCAUCAAGUUUAUCGAUGGAGAGUCAAAUAGUUGAUGGUGCCCUGGAGAAUGUUGUCAGUUUACCCCAGAUGGUUACUGAUGUUAGUUUAGUACAGAAAUGUCAAAGUAAUGCAAUCUCUAAACAUAUGCAAGUAUUGGCUCAACUGGAGACUCAAGUUCAAAAGGAGGAGAAAAAGAAUAGUGAAAUGUUAUUAGAUAUAUCCAGUAUGACCAAGAAAAUUUAUGUCACAGAAGAUCUUGUUAAUAAAAAACAUAAGUCAUGUGAAGUCUUAGAAGAAGAAAUAGAACAGAUGGUUAUAAACAACUCAGCUAUUGAAAAAUCAAGAUAUUUAAAGUUAAAAGAAAUUGAAAAAGAGAAAAGUUGGAAAUACAACCUCAAGAGAGCUGUUGCUUUUAAUUAUGAGAUAUUUCUGGAUUCUCAUUCUGUAAUUACAGAUAAUGAAAUUCAUAGAAAUGAAGAAAAUAGUAGAUAUAUAAUAAGUGGAGAGAAAGAAGAAGAAAUUAAGAAAGAAAUAAAAGAAUUACAAUCAACACAGUUUGAUUUAGAGAAGCAGUUAGAAAAUGCAGACAUUCAGGUAACAAGACUUUUGGUUGUAACUGUCAACUACACAUUUGCAAGGAGACAGACAGAUCAAGUUAACAAACAGAUAGAUAAAGUACAACAGAAUAUUAAUGUAUUACAUAAGAGAAAUGCAGCACAGUUAACAAGAUUAAAACGUCAAGUUAAAGAUCAACAAUUUCGUCAUCAACAAUGGUUAGAUCAGAUAUCACACUUAAAUAAAAUAAUUUCUGAUCUACAACAACAAAUAGAUGAAUGUUAA